AUGGCUUCCGCACUCUUCUUUCUCGAUCUCAAGGGCAAGACCCUACUGGCCCGAAAUUAUAGGGGAGAUAUCCCCAUGUCGGCGGUUGAAAAGUUUCCCAUCCUGCUAAGCGAAGCCGAAGAGGAAUCAUCAGCUGUCCCACCAUGCUUCUCCCACGAGGGAAUCAACUAUCUCUACAUCCGCCACAACAACCUCUAUCUUCUCGCCCUGACAAAACGCAACACCAAUGCCGCCGAGAUCUUACUUUUUCUUCACAAGAUCGUCGAGGUCUUUACCGAAUACUUUAAAGCCUUGGAGGAGGAGUCGAUAAGAGAUAACUUUGUCAUCAUCUACGAGCUUCUCGAUGAGAUGAUGGACUUUGGUUACCCGCAAACCACCGAAUCCAAGAUCCUCCAAGAGUACAUUACACAAGAAUCACACAAACUCGAGAUUCAAGCCCGUCCGCCGAUCGCCGUCACCAACGCCGUCAGCUGGCGUUCCGAAGGAAUCAGGUACCGCAAGAACGAGGUGUUUUUGGAUGUGGUCGAGUCUCUCAACCUUUUGGUGUCUUCCAACGGCAACGUCCUCCGAUCGGAAAUCCUAGGCGCCAUCAAGAUGAAGUGCUACCUCUCGGGAAUGCCAGAGCUCCGUCUCGGACUGAACGACAAGGUCAUGUUUGAGACCACUGGACGGACGACGCGAGGCAAGGCCAUCGAGAUGGAGGACGUCAAGUUUCACCAAUGUGUUCGACUUUCCCGAUUCGAGAACGACCGCACCAUCAGCUUCAUCCCCCCCGACGGCGAAUUCGAGCUCAUGUCGUACCGCCUCAACACUCAGGUCAAGCCAUUGAUUUGGGUCGAGUGCGUGGUUGAGUCGCACAGUGGCUCGCGUAUUGAGUACAUGCUCAAAGCAAAGGCGCAGUUUAAGCGCCGUUCCACCGCCAACAAUGUCGAGAUUGUGGUUCCAGUGCCGGACGACGCCGAUACACCAAGGUUCAGGACUAAUAUCGGCAGUGUUCACUAUGCGCCCGAGCAAAGCGCCAUCGUAUGGAAGAUUAAGCAGUUUGGUGGUGGCAAGGAGUUCCUGAUGCGGGCGGAGCUGGGUCUUCCGAGCGUCAGGGGUGAUGAUGAACACGGUGGAGGUAUGACUGGUGGUUUUGGUGGUAGCAUGGGUGGUGUUGGCGGUCCUGGCAAGGGAGGAAAGAGGCCUAUCCAGGUCAAGUUUGAGAUUCCUUACUUUACGACGAGUGGAAUCCAGGUGAGGUAUUUGAAGAUUACAGAACCAAAGCUCCAAUACCCGUCACUUCCUUGGGUGAGAUAUAUCACACAAUCUGGUGACAUAGCCGUCAGGUUGCCGGAUGCGGUAUAA